UGUCGUAUGUUUCAAAAUAGUAGCGUACUCACUGAGAAGAAAUGGCGGAAGCUCCAUCUCUGCUUAGUCUAUGCCUGAAUUUAAUUGUCGAUGAACUUUUACGCGGAGGUUGUGAUGAUGAAUUUCUGGCAACUCUGUAUAAAAUUCCACCUGAACUAUUCGAUUCGAUGUUGCCGCGCCUCACUCCUUUGGCUUUGGAAAAUUUACACAGAAACAUGCCAUCCCACGAAUGCAGCAUUAAUGGACCUCAGGAUGAAAAUUCUGGAAGUCAAAGGAAGCGUAAGAGAUGGUUGAACUUUGAGGGAGCAUGGAAGAAGCUGUAUGAGGUGCGUUGGGGUGAUUGUGGUGCUCAGAUUCAUUCAAUUAGUUGGUUGGCAAAACAAUUUGAAGCAAAGCAUGAACUAAGAGAUGAUUGGCAGCAGAUGUACUGGGAGAGACAUUUACAGAAUUGCCUCGAUGCAGCAGCAGAGAUAGCAAUGAUCCCUUCUUUUAGUGAUGGAAUUGGAGUGAUAAAAAUCCCAGCUACCAUAGUAAGAUGCAUAGGGUAUUGGGAGCAUAUGAACAGUUCAGCAUGUGACUACUCAAAGUUCUCAGAUCACUGCCAACAUUUUGGAUUAUAUGCCAGACGCCUGAGACUCCCCAGUGCUCUUUGCCUUCCAGAAAUUUGUGAUUUAUUAAGGACCAGUAACUUGGAAACUUUGGAGAUACACUGGAUAAAGUUGAAGGAUCAUGUAAGUUUUGUUGAUGGCAUAUGUGAACUUCUGAAGCAAAACAGUGAAACUCUAAAAUCUAUUGAAUUUGUUCAUUGCAAGCUUUCAACAUCAUUUAUCGAUGCUAUAUGCGAUUCAUUGUGGAUCAAAGGUCUCAAGACACACGGAAUAGAACAUUUCUCAAUCAGGAUAUCAAAUUUUUUGGAUACAAGUUCUUCUACCUUACCUGCUGGUUUGGCAUCUUUCUUGUCAUCAGGAAGGUGCUUGUCUUCGUUAAGCUUAUCUGAUGACCACCUUCGUCGAAAUUUUGUGGAAAUGAUUUUGGAUGUCCUCUUUGAUUCUUCGUCUAAUAUAGCUGCUUUGGACCUUUCAGAAAACUAUAUGUCUGGAUGGCCAUCCCAUUUUAAAUGGACGUCUAGACCUGGCAAGCAGUUAUCUUCAGGAAUAGGCAAGUCAUUGCAAUCAUUGCGGGUGCUAAAUCUAAGGAACAAUAAUCUGCAGAGAGAUGACGUAGACUUUCUUAAAUAUGCGCUGGUUUGCAUGCCUAAGUUGGAGAGUCUUGAUUUAAGUGAUAAUCCUAUUGAGGAUGAUGGAAUCAAGAAUAUGAUGCCCUAUUUUGUUGAGAUGUCAGAGAAACCUUUUUCGCUCAUUGAUCUGAAGUUGGGACAAUGUGAGCUUACUUUCAACAGUGUGAGUCAACUUUUAAAUGUACUGUCAAGAUGGAAGAAGCCACUGACCUCCCUCUGUAUUGGAGAGAAUAACCUUGGAAGCAAAAUUGGGGCAUUGUUGGGAAAGUUUCUCUCUAAGGGGCUUCAAUCCCUUGACAUUGAUGAUAUUAAUCUUGGUCCUCCCGGCUUUCAGAAAGCACAAGAUGAAAUAAUGGGGGACCUGAAGCUUGUUUACAUCAAUAUCAGCAAAAAUUACGGUGGGAUUGAAACUGCAAAUUUCCUGUCAAAGCUCAUUUCAUGUGCUCCGGAACUUACUGCAAUCGAUGCCAGAUGUAAUUCCAUGCCUGUGGAAUCCUUGUCAAUCAUUUGCUCCACCUUGAAAGCUAUGAGAGGGAAAGUAGAGCAUCUGGAUUUGAGAGGAAAUACUUCAUUGGUACGAUUUGCUGAUGCUUCUCUGCUGGAUGAACUGAAAAUGAACAGAAAAUCCAUUCUCAAACUUGACUCUUCAUACGACCCAGAUGGCCCUUAUGACCAGGAUCCUUAGCUUUUUUUUUCGAAGGACGGUUGCUCAAAUCUUAAUGAAUGGUAAAGCUGCGGAGAUUAGAGACAUUCAACUUGUCAAUACAUAAAAGCUGUAAAGAAUGUUGACUGUGAUUGAAUUGUUUGACCUUUUAUACAUUCAUCUUACUUUGUUCUUGCUGUUUCA